GUCACUUCUGGACGUCAAUAUGCGGCUCAGUGCGGCGAGCUGGGAAACCCAAACAGCACCACCGCUACUGGAAACAUGUAACUCGGAACCCGCCAUGGAGCCCUAACCCUGCCCGGUCACCCCCAGGAGCACGACCGACGCGUUGGCCCUUCGCUCCCCGACGAGCGGCGCUCGAGCGGCGGCGGCACCCACCGCAAAGCUAGUGGAGCGUCCAGGGGCUCGAGCAGCCAUCUUUUAGCGAGACAAAUGUUCGGGACGACGCGGCUCGGCCGACGGGCCUGCUCGCUGGUCGGCUCCGGAGAACGGAGCUUGGCGGCCGGGCUGCUGGUGGCUCUAGUGAUAGCGGCGCGUCUUCCCGGAGGCUCGGGAGCGGUGUUGAAGGAGUGCGACAAGCCGUGCGUGAACGGCGAGUGCAACGCGGCCACGGGCGGCUGUGUGUGUUACCCCGGCUGGGUCGGGGAUCAGUGCCAGCACUGCGGAGGAAGAUUCAGGCUCACUGAGCCCUCCGGCUUCCUUUCGGACGGACCUGGAAACUACAAGUACAAGACCAAGUGCACAUGGCUUAUAGAAGGACGUCCCAAUUCCAUCCUUCGGUUGCGCUUUGAGCAUUUUGCCACCGAAUGCAGUUGGGACCACCUUUACGUCUAUGAUGGAGACUCCAUCUACGCUCCUCUGCUGGCCGCAUUCAGCGGUCUGAUCAUUCCCGAGGGUUCUAACAACGAGACUGUUCCCGAAGUGGCGUCGCAGUCGGGCUUCGCUUUGCUGCACUUCUUCAGCGACGCCGCCUACAACCUCACCGGAUUCAAUAUCUCCUACAGGGUGAACACGUGUCCCAACAACUGCUCGGGUCGUGGCGAGUGUCGCCCGGACAUAGCCACGGGGUCAUCGCGCUGCCUCUGCCCAGACGGUUGGAAGGGGGACGCCUGCGAUGUGCCCUAUUGUCUCCAGGACUGUGGAUUCCCCCAGCGAGGACGCUGCCGGAACAAGACUUGCCACUGCUCGCUUGGUUGGCAAGGUCCUGACUGCUCUGUGUCGGUUCCAGCUGACUCGGGCUUCUGGAACCGCCAAGCCUUCUCGGAACCGGGUCUGGCCAGAGCCUCGCACAAGGCUGUGGUGGACCAAGGUGUCAUGUGGGUCAUUGGGGGAUACGUUUUCAAUGCUUCUGAUUAUCACAUGGUCAAAGCGUUUAACCUAAGCAGCAAGUCGUGGCUGACGCUGGAUCCGUCUGUCAACACCGUCCCGCCUCGAUACGGCCACUCAGUGGCGUUGUAUGAGGGUAAAGUGUACAUGUAUGGCGGAAAGAUGGAUUCUACGGGGAAUGUGUCCAGCCAGUUGUGGGUGUUCCAUGUUCAGAACCAGACGUGGGUUCUCCUGAGCCCGCGUGUCAAGGAGCUUUAUGCCGUGGUGGGCCAUUCAGCCCACGUGGUGCCACCCCUGCGGGAAGGAGACGACCCCGUCAUGUUGGUGCUCUUCGGCCACUGUCCUCUCUAUGGAUAUAUGAGCCUCGUGCAGGAGUACAACAUACACCGUAACCAGUGGAGUGUGGCGGCCACGGAUGGAGCUCUGAUCCAGGGCGGCUACGGCCACAGCAGCGUGUUUGACGCUGCCACCCGAGCCAUUUACACGCACGGAGGCUACAAAGCCUUCAGCGCCAACAAAUGUGGCCUGACUGGGGACCUCUACCGGCUGGAUGUGGACACUAGGAAGUGGACCAUCCUGAGAGACAGCGGCUUCUAUCGCUACCUCCACACAGCCGUGAUAGUGAGUUCCACCAUGCUGGUGUUUGGCGGAAACACGCACAACGACACCGCCAUGAGUCACGGUGCAAAGUGCUUCUCCUCUGACUUUAUGGCCUACAGCCUGGCAUGCGAUGAAUGGACAGCGCUUCCCAGACCAGAGCUCUUCCAUGACCUAAACCGCUUCGGCCACUCGGCGGUCGCCAGCGAUGGGGUGAUGUACGUGUUGGGAGGCUUCAACAGUCUUCUCCUAAACGACAUGUUGGCGUACACGUCCCCGCGCUGCUCAGCCUUCUCGAGCGUAGCCUCGUGCGCUCGGGCCUCGCCUGGCCUGCGCUGCCUGUGGAACGCCAGCCGGGCCGCCUGCACGUCAUGGGAUGGAAACCCCGAUGUCGUGCCCACCUCCUGCAACACCAGAACUUAUGCUGACAAUGAGCGCUGCGACCAGUACACGGACUGUUACAGUUGCACGGCGAACACCAAUGGCUGCCAGUGGUGCUCCGUCCAGUGCCUUUCCUUGGGAAGCAACUGCACCUCCGCCUUGGGUCCUGUAAUGGACUUUGAUGGCUGCCCCAAAGACAUUCCGUCCUACGUCUGCAACAAAAAGACCAGCUGCAAGAGUUGCGCCGAAGACCAGAACUGCCAAUGGGAACUCCGCAACCAGGAGUGCAUAUCAUUACCUGCGAACGUGUGCGGCGAGGGCUGGCACCUGGUCGGCAACUCGUGCCUGAAAAUUCUGCCGGCCAAAGACUCUUAUGAUAAUGCCAAGCUGGCGUGCCGUGGUCAGAACGCCGUGCUGGCCUCUCUUACCACCCAGAAGAAGGUGGACUUUGUCCUGAAGGAGCUGCAGAUCAUGAGCGCAGAGCACAAGGUGAUGGUGACUCCCUGGGUGGGCCUGCGCAAGAUCAAUGUGUCGUACUGGUGCUGGGAGGACAUGUCUCCGUUCACCAACACGUCGCUACAGUGGCUGCCGGGCGAACCCAGCGACGCCGGCUUCUGCGGCUACCUGGCCGAAGCCGCCUCCAGCGGGCUCAAGGCUCAGACCUGCAUCAGUCCCGUCAACGGAAGCCUCUGCGAGCGCCCAGGUGGGUCCAAAACCCUCCGGAAUGACCCUCUGCUUCGCUCGGCACUCAAAUGCCGCUUUUCUGCAGCCAACCACAGUGCCAAACAGUGCCGCACGCCCUGUGCCAUGCGUGCCACCUGUGGCGAGUGCACUAGCGGCAGCGCCGAGUGCAUGUGGUGCAGCAACAUGAAACAGUGCGUGGACUCCAACGCCUACGUGGCCUCCUUCCCCUACGGCCAGUGCAUGGAGUGGUACACUUUGAGCACCUGUCCGCCGGAGAACUGUUCGGGCUACCGAACAUGCGGCCAGUGUCUGGAACAGCCGGGCUGCGGGUGGUGCACGGAUGCCAGCAACACGGGCAAAGGCCAGUGCAUGGAGGGCUCGUACCGAGGCCCCUUCCAGACCUCUGUGCCGGCGCCUUCCACCCUUCCAGGCCUCCCCGUCGACCCGCCGCCCGCCCUCAACGCCAGUAUGUGCCCCACCGAGGCCCUCUACAACUGGUCCUUCAUACACUGUCCAGCGUGUCAGUGCAACGGGCACAGCCGCUGUGUCAACCAGAGCGUGUGCGAAAAGUGCGAAGACCUUACUACCGGACGUCACUGCGAGAGCUGUGUCUCUGGUUUCUACGGCGACCCCACCAACGGCGGUGGCUGCCAACCGUGCAAGUGUAACGGCCACGCCAGCAUGUGUAACCCCAGCAACGGCAAAUGUUUCUGUACUACUAAGGGCAUCAAAGGAGACCGCUGCCACCUGUGCGAGCUGGAGAACCGUUACCAAGGCAACCCGCUCAAAGGCACCUGCUACUACACCUUGCUGAUCGACUACCAGUUCACCUUUAGCUUGUCUCAGGAGGACGACCGCUAUUACACAGCUAUCAACUUUGUGGCCACACCUGAGGAGCCAAAUCGCGAUUUAGACAUGUUCAUCAAUGCGUCCAAGAACUUCAACUUGAACAUCACCUGGGCUGCUAGCUUCACGGCAGGCACGCAGAGUGGCGAGGAGGUCCCAAUUGUGUCACGCAGCAACAUCAGGGAGUUCAAGAACAGCUUCUCCAACGAGAACUUUGACUUCCGUAACAGCCCCAACAUCACUUUCUUUGUGUACGUCAGCAACUUCACCUGGCCAAUCAAGAUACAGAUUGCCUUCUCGCAGCACAGUAACUUCAUGGACCUUGUUCAGUUCUUUGUCACCUUCUUCAGCUGUUUCCUGUCUCUGCUGUUGGUAGCCGCUGUGGUUUGGAAGAUCAAGCAGAGCUGCUGGGCGUCUCGGCGACGAGAGCAACUGCUUAGGGAGAUGCAGCAGAUGGCCAGCCGGCCUUUCGCCACCAUCAACGUCGCCUUGGAGAUGGACGAGGAGCCGCCGGACCUGAUUGGAGGAAACGUCAAGUGCGUUCCGAAGCCCAUCGCGUUGGAGCCAUGUUUUGGCAACAAAGCAGCCGUCCUUUCCAUCUUCGUUCGUCUUCCAAGAGGCAGUGGAGGAAUUCCACCACCGGGGCAGUCUGGUCUGGCGGUGGCAAGCGCGCUGGUGGACGUUUCCCAGCAGAUGUGUUUGGGCUUUAAGGAGAAGUCGGGAGGCCUCCGGAGUCGCAAGCAGCAGCCUAGCGCUCAGCCGUCUACCUGCAUCUGAGCCCCUCGAACUCCCCUCGCUCACAGACUUCUUCCCCCAAGAGGUGCAUGCCGGGAUGCCCCCAAUUUCAUGCUGCUACCAGAGAUCCUCAUCUCAUCCAUCCUAGACUUGCUUUUUUUCAUAUUAGUUGGAGACUAAAAAAACAGCACGAGUAGCAUCCCUCCUAAACAAGCUUGUCCAUCGGCUUCCUGAUUCUGGAUGCUUUGCUUUCCUGUGGAUUGGACACAAUGAGUUUCACUGGGUAACCGUGGCGAUGAAGAAGCUGCUAUCAGGAAAUGUCGUCAUUUCAGCUACUAGCGAUCUCUCAAAUGCUGUUUAACUCAUUGGUUGCCAUUGAUGGUGCGGUUGGAUUGGACGUCUAGCACAGUCAGUGGCCCUCAAACAUGAAUUUGUUCAUGUGCGACUAGACUUGACGUUUAGCUGCUCAUCCUUGAACAUUUUUUUUAAUUAAUAGGAAAAUAUGUUUUAUCUGGUGUCAUUCUGACUUUUUCGUUUUUUAAAAUUUGUUUUUGAUAAUUAUUAUGCGCGAGUAGCACUGUCACAAUGCUGAAUCCAAUAUACGUAUGGAAUACGAUUUCACUAGCAUCUUUGCUAAACUGUUAGCUAUGGAAUGUUGUUUAAAAAGGAAAACCAACCAGAAUAUCCAGUGUGAUUCUGAAAAAUAUUUGCACCCUUUCUGCAAAUUUCAGAAAUUAGAAUGUCCACUUUGUUCAUUUACGACUUAAAUUAACUAACAGCUUUUCGCAGUAGUUUUUAUUCAUUUGUUUUGACAACUUCUCUCUGAUGCUGGCAGUUAAUUAUUUAGUUUUUUCCCCUCAAAAAAUAUGCAUGUGUAACACUGUCGAAAAUGCUGAAUCCGUUCAUUUUGAAUCUGAUUUCACUAGCAACUUUGCGAACCUCUUAGCUCCUUAACAUUGUUUUGAAAAAGGAAAAACAAGCAGAUUAUCAAGUGCAUCUUUUCCGCAACUUUCAUGAAUGUGUGUGUCAGAAUGUCAUCUUUUCCCAUUUAGAAAUCUGAAAAACAACUUGCACAUUAGUCAGCGUGAUUAUGAAAAAAAAAAAAAGCUAACUAUACCAUUUUUCUGUUUGCCUAAUGUUAAAAUCUCAUUUGGGUCUCUCUUAGUUCUUACUACUUUUUUUUCUCGUAAAAAAUGUUUAAAAAAAAAAAAAAAGUCAUGCUACACAUGGACUGAAUAAGCAACAAACUACUCCGUUGUUGCCGCAUGUUGGGACGUGUUUUUUAAAAAUUAAAAAAAAAAUUUUUUUUUAAUUUAAACUAACAAAAGUAGAGGUUGAUUCUAACCGGAAUUAAACAUCGGUAAAGAGAGCUAUGUGCUAUAUGCAACAUUUCAUCAUCUGUCAGCGCUCAGUACCGUAAUUUUUGUACAAUAAGGCACACCUCACUACAAGCCGCCACCCACCAAAUUUGACACAAAAAUGUCAUUUCUUCAUAGAUAAGCCGCACUGGACUACAAGUCGCAGUUGUCCUCACUCUAUCAUGUAAUAUUUACACCAAAAGAUUUUAACCUAGAACAUUUGGCGAUCACUGCUCCCUUGGGGGAGAUAGUCAGCCCCUGCUGUCAACACAAUUGUCGUCCAGCAUGCCUCUUAGCAUGCAUUGCAGCGCUGCAUAUGUAAAUUACAAACGAAAGUCAUGUUCUGUGCUAAUUAUUUCCUCAGUUACUGUUCUAGGUUCAUUAAUCGCUAGUUAUUGUAUUUGGUAAAUUUUUAUUUGACAGUGGCCUCAUAAGACUGUCAUAAGACCAUCAUAACUAUGACAUGACACUGCCAUGAGCAUUAAUGAAUGCUUAUAACAGAUGUCAUUUUGUUUCAUCCGGCAAAUUAUCUCACUUCUGAAUGGAUGUAAAAGAUCCGAUCUGGACAUAAAUGGAGUUAGUGACCUAAUUUGCCUGAUGACACUAAAUGACAACAGUCAUAAGCAUUCAUUAAUGCCCAUGAUAGUGUCAUGUCAUAAUUAUGACGGUCUUAGUACGCCACUGUCAAAUAAAGUGUUACCUAUUUACCCAAAUAAAUCAACAAAUAAGCCGCACUGGACAAUAAGCCGCAGGAUUCAAAAUGAGGGGGAAAAAGUAGCGGCCUAUUGUCGGGAAAUUAAGGUAAUUAGAUUUUUUUUUUUCGCGUAUUAGCUAUCAUGCUUCUUAAAAAGCCCCAAAUCCAUUUACGUAUACUAAUACUGUCGAAAUCUCAAUUAGCUUUCUCUUAUGUUGUAGCGUUUUUUGGUUUUGUUUUUGCUGCUGUUAAACAUAGACUGAACAAGCUAGCGAACUAUUACGAUAUCUGCCAGUGUUGGGAAGCAUCUUUAUUGGAGCAAUUUAAAUCAUGUCGCUCUACUCUAACGGGAAUUGCACGUCGGAAUGCCGAAAAGCACUGUCACUCAGCAGUAAGCGGUUUAAUUUUUUAAGAAAGGUUUUCCCACCAAAACCAUGUGUGUUAGCCAACGAACUUCAGGAAAAAAAAGCAAAAUUUACAAAUUUUUCGUUUGCUUAAGCUGUCAAAAUCUUAUUUUUUUCUGAGCUCAGUUUUAGCCGCUACACAUAGACUGAACAAUGUAACAAAUCGUGCAAAGUGUGUUUUUUUUUAAAGUAGUAUAAACAUGUCUCUCUACUCUGACUGAAAUUACAAAUUGAAGCAAAAAAGUUGCUCAAUUGUCUUACAAUUUUCAAUGUCGGACACUAGCUAACUCUUCACUCAAACCAUUAGUGUUGAGCACUGAAAGCUUGUAUAUUUCUCAACAAGACACUUUUCCCAUGUGGACUUUUUUCCUUGUUUAUGCGCCUGCAUUCUUAUCUUCUUGUGCACACAAUAUUAGCUGCAGGUGUCGGACAAAUAAUAACACAAGACCUUACACUCGAUGUUAUUAACUUUUUAACCGUAGGAGAAAGCCAGUGAAUUAAAACAAAACAAAAUCAUAGCAUAAUAACAAUAAAAAUAAUAGCGUUUGCCCAAAAGGCCUAGUUGAGCUAAAGGUUGGUUAAGUGGAAAAAGGUCACAAAACUGCAAUGUUUUUUUUUUUUUUUAAAUGAUAGUUUGCACUGUUUAUCCUCUGCUGGAUUUUUUUUUAAACCACUGGGAAUGCAUAGAAGUUGCAGUAACUCUAACGCUAAUAUUUCAACUUUAAAAUGGUUGUUUUUGUUAGAAUGUUAUGUUGUAUUUCCGUGAUGUUUGCCAGAUGUGCCACCAGGUAAGAGUAGGGAGCAUUUUGAUGGAGUACGAAGCAGAAACGGGAGCUUAGGUUCUGUAAAUAAUUGCGAGUCUGUCCACUCAUGACAACAAUUCGUAAACAUUGUCUUUUUUUCCCUGCUGAUUAAAUUUGUAUCAUUUACGGGAGAUUUUUGUUUUACGGUUGGACUCAUUGUAAAAUCUGUACGUUAAAUUUCCUCAAUGUUUGUGGGAGGUCCUUCACCCGAAACAGACGGUCCCUUGUUUGUUCAUGAAUGGAAACGUCAUGUAAAAUUUUUCGAGAUUGUCCUCUUUCGAUGAAAUCAUUUCAAAGUGUUAGCACUGCUCUUCAUGAUAUUUCAAGUUGAGUUAAAGGUCUCAACUUUCAUGAUGAAGUACGUUAGAAAUGUGCAAAGAACGUCGACACUAGGCAUGUGCCGGUAUGAUAUUCUGAAGGUAUGAUAACUUAAGCCAAAAUGUCAUGGUUUCAAGGUAUCACGGUAUUGCAAUUACAGCUUUAAAAUGUGUUACUUUGAGAUAUUUGAGUUUAAAAACAAAAAUGAACAAGAUUUUUAUUUUUCAAAACAUAUUAGCAAAUUGGAACAUAUGUAUAAUGUUAAAAAAAAUAUAUAUAUAUUCUAAAUAAAAUAAAUGCAGUCCUUUAGGUGAGCUUAAACCCACAGCCACAGCUCAACAUUAUUACCAUCAGAACAAAAAUAAUUGAAUUAUUUUCCAUAAAAAGCAUGUGUAUGACUCGUAUCAUGUUUACAUUAUACACACACGCUUUCUCAACACACAAUUGCCAGACAAAGAAAAACACGUUUUACCACGGCUAGACACACUAAACACACUGGAGUUAACUCUCGUAGGUGGUGGGAAACGUUCAUGACAGUGUUUACUAACCUUUAAUUUUGUAUAAAUGGGAAAUCAUAUUGCCUCCUCGGUGGCCACCCUCUGCAAACACGUUUUACAUGUCGGUUGGCCCUUCUCCUCUAAGCCGUGGCAGACUGUAACUUUACUGUAACCGAAGUAUUCCCAUACCAGCAAUAUCGCUUUCUUCGAUGGGGAAAAUGUUCAGGCGUUUCACCUCCUCAGCUAUCGUGUAGCACAGCUGACUCACUCACACUGAGCAACAACCGGUCGGGGAGUGUUGAGCCUUACAGCUUCAAGCGAGGGAUUUCUCCAUGCAUUUUUGGGACAUAAAAAAUAGCUAAUACCUUUGGGACAGCAUGACAGAAUUUUUCUGUGCUUUUGAAACCUUGACAUUUUAAUACCACGGUCUACCUUGAAACUGGUAAUCGGCACAUGUCUACUCGACAUUAAAUUAUCAACGACAAAUGUGAACCUUUUUUUUCCUGUUUUGUAUUUGUCACAAAAAUGUCAUUGACCUGAUGAUGAAUUUCUGUUUCAUUAGCGCUCCUUUUAUGCAAGAAAUAGAUAUUUUUCUCCGAUAAGUUUAAAGUCAUUGAUUACAUCUAGGGCAUUCUUUUUCAGUGUUUACCCCCCCCUUUUUUUUUUUUUUUAAACAAAUAGUGUGUAGAGCUAGCUUUGUGGUUAUUUGUGUGUAGGUUUCAUUUUCAAACCUAAAAUGCUAAUGAUGCUGAUAGCGCUGACAUUUCAUUAACUGAGGGAGCAACGCAAUUUCAAAGUGAAAAUGCUCAAAAAUCUUUUUUUUGUUUGUUUUUUUGUUUGUUUCUUGUACAGCCAAUACUUAAUGACUUGUGAUAACCUUGACAUUUUUAGUGGAAAACACUGCUUUUAUGUAAUAUGAAAAUGUAUUCGAGUAACACUGAUUUAAGCAGCUGAACAACGUCGCCCCAUUUUGGCUGGUCUUCAUCUAGCGGCAUUAAAACCUACUAGUUUGUUUAUAUGUAUAAUUAUUAAUAAGUCUUUUGUACAUAAUGGGAAAGUAUUGUCAGUGACCUUUUGUUGAAUGCUUUUAAACAUCGAGUAAUUUAUGCGCCUUUAAAAAUCUUUUUAAAAACAAUUGCGGCUAGCAUUUAUGAAUUAGCAUCUUUUGUAAAUAGACGUGAGCUAAGCUAUUAUGCUAAUGUUGUAAAAGUGAACUAGAGAGCUUGUAAUUUACUGAUUGUACAGAAAAAGAUGAUGCAAUGUUUUCAAAUGAUUACAUGUGAAAAUAAAAAAAUGACAAAUAGUUUUUUGUCUCAUUGGUUGCCAUUGACAGCAAUAGAUGUCCAUUCUAUUUGGACUGGGAUUCUGGCAGCAAUCAAUCGCUGAUGUUGAAACAUGAUCAUUCUGUUUUUUUGGGGGGGAAAAACAAUGUUUAAUUGGACUUUUUUUUUACUUUUAUUGAGUGAAAGUGUUGAACAACAAAAGAAGAAGAUCCAGGAGUCUUCUUUUUUUCCCCUUCAGCUGUCAAUCAUCCAUCGGUUGCCUCGGCAACCGAAAUGUCCCCAUCUUUAAAACAAGCAGCAGCAAAGUUUGUUUGAAUGUUCCAGAAGAAAAACACAAAAAAGUGACCAAAGUGCCAGCGUGACCAAAAAAAAAAGUCUUUCGCCGCUGUGUCGUCCUGACAAGUUGAUGAGUCAUCAAUAUUUGGGAGGGGUGCUCUGUGGAAGCAGCGCUUUUUAGGGUUGCAAAGGGUGGCAAAUUUCAGAAAAGUUCCAUGGGAAUUAACUAGGAUUGAGGGUCAUCAUUUUCAAGCAUACAAUAAGUAGUAGAAACAUUUUUGUUUUGUCAGGAAACACACACACACCCAUGCAAAAAUACAGUUGCUCUCCUUGCCCACAUGCGAUGGCAUCACAGUACUUUAAUCACACCAGGGUUUUCACUUAGCGGUAACUCACAAUUUUGUCUCUCAAAGAGAAAGCAAAAACAUCGAAUAUAGAAAAACCUCUAAAUCAAAGUACAAUUAUUUCAGUAACAUUUUGUUUUUU